UUGGCAUCUCUGUUCGUUCUUCGCGAAAUGCACGCAUUGGGACGCUCGGAUUUAGAAUGUUCCUUGAAAAUUUACGUUGAAAUAAAUGAAACUGCUUUAGUGAGUGAUAAGUUUUGUCGUUCUUUUAUUGAAAACUCUCGUUUAGUUUCUUGUUCAGUUCGUAUAAGUGAUUGUUUUGGUUGAGAAACAAAGUUUAAACAAGUGCGUCGAAAGUUGAAACAUGGUGCCGCUAGGACCCGGGCCAGGCCAUCCUACCGCACACCAAACACACGGCGGGCCAUCAACUAACUUAUCCGGUCCAAAUUCGUUAUCACAAAGUUCCUCGCAAUCGAACAAGUCGUCAGUAGCAAAGCCGAAUUACACUCUUAAAUUUACUCUCGCGGGGCACACAAAGGCCGUAUCGUCCGUUAAAUUCAGUCCUAAUGGAGAAUGGCUCGCGAGCUCCUCUGCUGACAAACUUAUUAAGGUGUGGGGGGCUUAUGAUGGCAAAUUUGAGAAGACAAUAUCUGGACACAAAAUGGGCAUCAGUGAUGUUGCAUGGUCCUCCGAUAGCAGGCUGAUUGUCAGCGCAAGUGACGACAAAACCUUGAAGGUUUGGGAGUUGAGUUCAGGGAAAUGUUUGAAGACAUUAAAAGGACAUAGUAAUUAUGUAUUUUGUUGUAAUUUUAAUCCCCAAAGUAAUCUUAUUGUAUCUGGAAGUUUUGACGAGAGUGUUCGGAUAUGGGAUGUAAGAACAGGAAAAUGUUUAAAGACAUUACCAGCACAUUCAGAUCCAGUCUCAGCGGUGCAUUUUAAUAGAGAUGGCAGCCUUAUUGUGUCCUCAAGUUAUGAUGGCUUAUGUCGAAUCUGGGACACAGCGUCCGGCCAGUGCCUUAAAACUCUAAUAGAUGACGACAAUCCACCUGUAUCUUUUGUAAAAUUUUCUCCAAAUGGAAAAUAUAUUCUUGCUGCGACACUUGACAACACACUCAAAUUGUGGGACUACAGCAGAGGCAAAUGUUUAAAAACUUACACAGGACAUAAAAAUGAGAAAUAUUGUAUUUUUGCCAACUUCAGUGUGACUGGUGGAAAGUGGAUUGUAUCUGGCUCAGAAGACAAUCUAGUAUACAUUUGGAACCUACAAUCAAAAGAAAUUGUUCAAAGGCUGUCAGGUCACACUGACACAGUACUGUGCACUGCCUGUCAUCCCACUGAGAACAUCAUCGCCUCGGCAGCGCUCGAAAAUGACAAGACUAUCAAGUUAUGGAAGAGCGAUACGUAAUAUUAAUGAUAAAUGCACAUGCAGUGAUCUGUAUAUUGUGACUAUAUUGAGGGCCUCUGGCUUGUGAAUAGUUUUGUAGACUUAGUUAUGACGGACAAUCAGAAAGGCGUGUUUCAUCUCUAAGAUUUAGUCAAAUCACAGUUGAAUGUGUGAAUUUUCAUUUGUUAUAAGAUAUUAAAAUAUUUUUGUAUCUGAUGUGCAAAUGAAGAGGAUAUGAAGUGUUUUAGCCAUUAUGUUUUAGUUUAUAUGAGUUAUUAAGGAUCUUGCUUAAUAAUAACUUGUUGGAUGCAAUUAAAUAUUUAGAAGUUA